CCCGGAGGCUGCGAGUGCCCAGCGGCGGCGCCAGCAGCGGUGAGCAGGUCGAAGGACAUGCGGGAGCGGGAAACGGAGAGCUCAGGUGAAGGAAAAAAUGAAUGAAAUCAAAGAGAGUCUACGGAACAUUGAACAGACAUACAAGAUCUUUCAGCAACAGCAGUUCACCUUCAUUGCCGCUCUGGAACACACCCGAGAGAAUGCCCACGACAAGAUCAAGCCGGUGUCCAGCAUUGGGCAGGUACAGACCUACAUGGACCACCACUGCAACAACACGACCGACAAGCGCAUCCUUCUAAUGUUCCUGAACAUCUGCAGUGAUCUGAAUAAGCUGUGCCAGAGGCUGGAGUCUCUUCAUUCGGGGAACAACACAACCAACGCUCUGCUGGAGAAAUGCAAAAUGCUGGUGAGCCACAGCAACGACCUCAGCGGCAUCCGAGCCAAGUACCCCCACGACGUGGUGAACCACCUCAGCUGCGAUGAAGCCCGGAACCACUACGGGGGUGUGGUGAGCCUCAUCCCCAUCGUCUUGGACUGCAUGAAGGAGUGGGUGGCCCACAGCGAGAAGCUCCCCCGGAAGAUGAUACAGAGCGUGAGUGACAAGCACGCCCAUCUGCAGAGGCGGGCCGGCCGGGCCUUCGGGCGGGGCGGUGCCACGGGAGCAGGGCCCGCGAUCUCGGGCCAGCCCACUUUCCACACAGCGACCACCCAGACCUCGCUUAGUUUGGCGUGCCCGGCCUGGGAGAGUAGGCGGGUUCAGAAAAAGCCGCAGGUGGGCCUGGGGAGGGCCAUUGGCAAGAUGCUCGACGGGCCUUGGAAGCCACCCGGCAGACACGCCUUUUAAGAGAAACAAAAUUUUAAAGCAUGCUCGCCUGACCUCAAAACAUGGUCUCCCUGGUCUUCGCUUCAGUAACGCCCUUCCCUGAUCCCGGGCAAAGCAAGGAAGAGACGGCGC